CUCAGAUUUUAAUCUUCAGACAACAUUCGAGGAUGACAUUGGGGGCGAUAUAGUGAUUGACGAACAUAACAGCCUUGGCUGAAGAUAUUUUGAACCUAGACAGCCAAACACGGCCAUGAUGUAAAACAUGACCCAGAGUAGGCGGGAAUAACCGAGUUUAUUGACCAAUGAAAAAUCGUAAAAGCGCCCAGAGUCCAAUGGUAAAUGUAGUUGUCGUUUGACAACAGGAGCAGUAGACGGGUAUUCAUUCACUGUGAAUACCAAACUAACAGACUGUGUAUUGAGUGAGAGUGCAUCAUUACCCCUUGAAGAAUUGAACUAACAUUGAAAGAUGCAGUUCAUGCUGCUGUUCAGUAGGCAGGGGAAGCUGCGUCUCCAGAAGUGGUAUGUUCCUCUGUCUGAUAAGGAGAAGAAGAAGAUUACCAGAGAGCUGGUCCAGACGGUUCUGGCUAGGAAACCAAAGAUGUGUUCAUUUCUGGAGUGGAGAGACCUCAAGGUUGUUUACAAGAGGUAUGCCAGCCUGUAUUUCUGCUGUGCCAUAGAGAACCAGGACAACGAGCUGAUCACACUAGAGAUCAUCCACAGAUAUGUGGAACUACUGGAUAAGUACUUUGGCAGUGUGUGUGAGCUGGACAUCAUAUUUAACUUUGAGAAGGCCUACUUCAUCCUGGAUGAGUUCUUGCUGGGAGGAGAGGCUCAGGACACGUCAAAGAAGAAUGUACUAAAGGCUAUAGAACAAGCUGACCUACUGCAGGAGAUCCAGAAUGAGGACUGGGGAGGUUUACCUAAUGAGGAGAUCUUAUAGCGGACUGGAGUACUUCCCCUUUACACCAGGUCCUGCUGGCCCCGUCAUGAGUACUUUAAUGUGCCUGUGUACUAAACGUCCACUACUGCUGUCAGCUACUGUCACCACUCCACUGCUGUCCUGUCCACUCUGCAUGCGGAGCCCCUCCCCCAGCACAUGGUCCCUCCAGCACCUGGCUCCUCAUCCUCAGCCCCCUAAAGCGCCAUGCUUUACCAACUGAUCCACACAGGACUACGGCUACAUCGUCAGAGGUCAUUGGUCUACAUUUUCAGUUUCUCACAUACUUCCAUCAGCUGAUUCCACUGUUUGUUGUCUAUCUGAAGAGGCCAUGGUUUACUGUGUAUACUGUGGGUCUAAUCCUGAAUGCUGAUUGGUUAAAUCUGCAUUCCAGCCGGUCUAUUCCACAAGUGACUACCGGCAAAAUCUAUGCCGUUAAAAUGCCCAUUUACUCUGUUCCAUCUGACUGAGCAUUCCACUGUCUCAUCAGCCCAGCUCACAUGUCUUUUAGACUAACAUUUAGUUUUAACAGAGGUGAUUUGUAUAAACGUUGCUGUCUGUCUCUCAGACAUUUGCAACAUUGUUUCAAUAUUCAAAUUCAAUCUCCAUCUGUCCCAUAGUGAUGAACGUGUUGGGUGUCGGGAUGAGACAGACAGGCAGGCAGCUUUUCUCAGCCAGUCAAAAUCAUGAAUCAGCAUCAUUUUUAUGUAUACAGUUGAAGUCUGAAGUUUACAUACAGUUAAAACUCGUUUUUCAACCACUCCACACAUCUGUUUUUAACAAACUAUAGUUUUGGCAAGUUGGUUAGGACAUCUACUUUGUGCAUGACACAAGUAAUUUUCCCAACAAUUGUUUACAGACUGAUUAAUUCACUGUAUCACAAUUCCAGUGGGUCAGAAGUUUACAUACACUAAGUUGACUGCCUUUAAACAGCUUGGAAAAUUGCUGAAAAUGAUGCCAUGGCUUUAGAAGCUUCUGAUAGGCUAAUUGACAUAAUUUGAGUCAAUUGGAAGUGUACCUGUGGAUGUAUUUCAAGGCCUACCUUCAAUCUCAGUGCCUCUUUGCUUGACAUCGUGGGGAAAAUCAAAAGAAAUCAGCCAAGACCUUAGAAAGUCAUCCUUGUGAGCACUUUCCAAACACCCGAAGCUACCACGUUCAUCUGUACAAACAAUAGUAUGCAAGUAUAAACACCAUGGGACCACGUAGCCGUCAUACUGCUCAGGAAGGAGACACGUUCUGUCUCCUAGAGAUGGACGUACUUUGGUGCGAAAAGUGCAAAUCAAUCCCAGAACAACAGCAAAGGAAGGACCUUGUGAAGAUGCUGGAGGAAACAGGUACAAAAGUAUCUAUAUCCACAGUAAAAUGAGUUUUAUAUCAACACAACCUGAAAGGGCGCUCAGCAAGGAAGAAGCCACUGCUCCAAAACCGCUAUAAAAAAGCCAGACUACGGUUUGCAACUGCACAUGGGGACAAAGAUCAUACUUUUUGGAGAAAUGUCCUCUGGUCUGUUUGGCCAUCGAUAUGUUUGGAGGGAAAAAAGGGAGGUUUGCAAGCCGAAGAACACCAUCCCAACCGUGAAGCACAGUGGUGGCAGCAUCAUGUUGUGGGGGUGCUUUGCUGCAGAACGUACUGGUGCCCUUCACAAAAUAGAUGGCAUCAUGAGGAAGGAAAAUUAUGUGGAUGGAAAAUUAUGUGGAUAUAUUAAAGCAACAUCAAGACAUCAGUCAGGAAGUUAAAGCUUGGUCACAAAUGGGUCUUCCAAAUGGACAAUGACCCCAAGCAUACUUCCAAAGUUUUCGCAAAAUGGCUUAAGGACAACAAAGUCAAGAUAUUGGAGUGGACAUCACAAAGCCCUGACCUCAAUCCCAUAGAAAAUGUGUGGGCAGAACUGUGCGAGCAAGGAGGCCUUACAAACCUGACUCGGUUACACCAGCUCUGUCAGGAGGAAUGGGCCAAAAUUCACCCAACUUAUUGUGGGAAGAUUGUGGAAGGCUACCCAAAACGUUUGACCAAAGUUAAAAUUUAAAGGCAAUGCUACCAAAUACUAAUUGAAUGUAUGUGAGCUUCUGACCCACUGGGAAUGUGAUGAAAUAAAUAAAAGCUCAAAUAAGUCAAUCUCUACUCUUAUUCUGACAUUAAAUGUAUUUGGCUAAGGUGUAUAUACAUUUCCGACUUCAACUGUAAAUACAAAGAACUAUCAAUAGAAAACAGGUAAAAUGAAUCAAAGUGCAGCUAGUUUAUCUUUCCUGGUUUGAAGUCAUUGUGUUAGCUGUCUUGUUGGCUCCUCUUUGAAGUUAUUGUGUUAGCUGUCUUGUUGGCUCCUCUAAACAACAGUGUCCUGACGAGAGAGCACAUUUUCUACACCAGGUGAAAUCGCCCAUCAUUAGCUCAGUGUUAUGGAUGUAUCCAAAUAAAUGUCAUUAGAAAACUGCUUAAACAAAUGCACCUCCUUUGUUGUUAUUCUGGUUGCACUGUUUGACGUGACUGUAAAUUAGCCGUAGUUGGCUAGCUAGAAAGCAAGGGAGAAGAACGUUGCCAGCCAGUAUGGAACAUUUAGAACGAACGACUGGGUCCCCUCCAUAGAUAUUGAACAAAAAGACUGAACGACUGGGACAAGUCCAUAGAUACAGAACAAAAAGACUGAACGACUGGGAUACGUCCAUAGAUACAGAACAAAAAGACUGAACGACUGGGUCGCGUCCAUAGAUACAGAACAAAAAGACUGAACGACUGGGUCGCGUCUCUGGCAACCGAACCGAUAGAACGAACGACCAGGCAGCUUGGGUAGCAACUGUUGAUUUGUCUCAGGACUAUAUCUUGUGGAAGGAUUAAAUAGUAUGAAUAAAUUCAUUAAAAUAAAGUUAAUGAAAACAUGUCUAUCAUUUAUUUGAAUAUGUUGGUAAACCUUUGUAUAAAAGUGAUAGUUCCCUUGAAGCUGGUGUUUGGAGGAUAUAUCGGCAUGGUUUGCUGGGCCAAACAACACCCGUGCCAAUAUAUCCUCAAAACACUGGCUUCUCUGGCAUUAUCACUAAAAUGUUGAUACAUUCUCCUGUCUCUGAAGAGUCCAUGGUUUACUGUGUAAUGUUGAUACAUUCUCUAUUAAAAUACAAAGUUAA